AUAAACACCGCCGGGAGUUUCCGAAAAUCUUAUUCAGACGUCAAGACUGAACAAUGGUUAACAUGAGCUAUCGACAAUUUUUACUAAACUAUCCACAUUCAAGCUCAAGACAGUCGAGAAGGCGAGCGAAUAAACGAAAAAGGAAUUGCUGGGACAAGUUAUCACCGACAUAUUGGCAUACUUGAUUAACAGAGACUUUCUCGUAGGUCCAGUGAGAACCGUGUGGCCGAGUAUCUGUGCGUUGCGACUGACUGGCGAGAUGACUGCCGAGUGGCUUCACCUGCCCCCGCCGUACCCCCCUGGUGUGGGGCCGUUGUGUGGUGCAGAGUUGGAGGCGUGGUAUGAGGACCUGCAAGAUAUUCUGGGCUCCGACACGGGAGGGGCAAAACUUGCACGUGCCCCUACUUGCACCGAGAAGGAGCCGGAGUUUCUGGAUGUUCUAGAGAGUUGUUCUCUGACAUGGCUGACGGACGGAAGCCAGGCGUGGGGCGAAGGUGUCCAGAGAGCAACAGAGGAGAUCCACAUCACGCAGCCCCUGCAUCACACCUCAUCGUCAUCCUCAUCUUCUUCCUCCUCCUGCAUGAGUCCAGCUGUUGCAGAAGAGCGGCGGGGAGAAGCUGAGAGUGGGAGAAGUGGAGAUAGCUCAGCUGGAGGAGGCAGUGACCUGCUGCCUCCAGAGUUCUUUGAGUUGCUGAGUGAAGGAGGAGUGGGAAUGGUGGACGCGAGCGGAGUGGUCAUCAGUGGUGGCUAUUAUUACCACCACCACCACCAUCAACAGGCUAAUAAUGCCCCUCCUGCCUCACCCUCACCCUCAGCCAGUGAGGAGGAACUGCCCUGUGUACCCGAUUCUCCAUCCUGCUCCUCCUCAGCCUCCCAGUCGCCAUCUCAAAAUUGUUCUUCUCCUUCCUCAUCCGUCUCCUCUCCUUCCGUUUACCCAUCCUCCCGCCUGGGGAAACGCAAGAGGACCACCAGCGAGAGAGACAACAGUGCCUUGUCCUCUUUCGCCUCCUCCACACAGCACACGCCCUCAUCCUACUCGUCUGCCAAAAAGAGUCGCAAAGAAAGGGAGCAGGAGAAUGAAAGGAAGGUGCAAGAGCUGACGGAGCAGAAUGAGCGCUUGAAAGCGGAGAUUGAAAGGUUGGGAGAGGAGGUACAGAGGACACGUAGAGCUCUGAUAGAGAGACUAGUCAACACCAGGAAAUGAGGACAGAAUGGAAGACGAGAAUUAAAGUUGACAGGGCCUACAGAAUUGGAAUACGCAGUGGUGGGGAAAAGUGUUACAUGGUGGUGAUGAAAUGCCCCGUAGACAGGAAAGGAAGGAAACCAAAGAUACUAUUUUAUAAGACGGUUUUUUGGGAAAUAGUGAAAGAUGUCAAGAAGACGGAAAGUGAUUAAAGUCAUGACAAAAGGCACAGAGAGAAAUGGCUGCAACAGCAUUGCGGCAAAUGAAAAAAAAAAGCUACAGCAUGUAUAAAGGAAGAGGAAGAACAGACGGCUCCAAGUGCAUAUCAUACGGUGGUGUUGAUGAACGUUUGUCGUUUUUAAGAAUGCCUAAAUUUCAUCACAUAGGAUGAUAGAAAUAUUGGCAGUGAGCAUUUGAUGAUUUGUAUGUCGGACAGGAAGGAUGUUAAUUGAGAGAUGGCAUUUCAUUGUACUCCCUUCCCACCAUUUUGCAAUAAAUUGUAACUCCUACUUAAAGGGCUGCAAUCUGGCGAGCAGAGAAAGAGAUUAUUUGCCCCAAUUUGUGGAGAGUUUAGAAGCUCAGGAAAAGUUUGAAAGUGCCCAUUGCAGUGUGAAGAUGAGAGAAUUAUUUUUUUCGUGAGAGAAUUCAUACCCUUUCAUACUUUUCUAAGCCGUGGCUUGUGUGUGUGUAUGUGCAACUGUAUUUAGAUAAAAAGCAAGUAGGACCCAGCUGUACUUUCUAAGCUGACCUUUUUCUAUCAAUAUGGGAUUUUGUGGUAGACUUAUUAUUCUCUUCUACCCUGAUAUACUAUUUUUAUACGAUACUGUAAUAUAUACAGUUUUACUGUAAUGGCUCACGUUGUAAUAUGCCGACAUAUCUACUGUUAUUUUCUCAUUGUAGUUACAUACGCUGUUAAUCAUAGACUAAUGUGCAUGGUUUUAUCAUAAAUGGCAUCAGUACCAUUUAUUUUAUUGUUAUCUCCAAUUUGCAAUAAAAGUAACAGAUGUGA